UUUGUGUUGGGGAAGACAUUCUCCCAAUCUCCCUCCUUCCAUUUUGACUUAGAACAUGGCAGAUGGCACCAUCACCGGAGAUUCCUCCAUUUCCUCUCUCCUCAUUCCAAAACCUAGGCAGAAAGAGAAGACGACGAUUCAGAAGCUUGGUCCAAGAACACAAUUCGUCUGUCCUACUCUUUCUUCAUUGUUUCAUCGUUUUUGGAAUGCUGCUUUUGUCAGAGGGAUUCUUCUUCUACAAAUGCUAAACUUUAACAAGCCAAGAACUCAGCCAAGGCCUAACAGGUCUUAUGCUUUAGGAGGUAUGGAUCAUACAGAGCCAAACAAGAAGAAAGGAUUUGUAAGAAAGAUUAUUUUUGCUUCUUUCCUUAUAGCAUUGUGCAUCUUCAUGCUCAAACAAUCCCCAUCUUUCAGGAGCCCUAGCCCAUUCUCUAGGCAUGAAACAGGAAUUACUCAUGUCUUAGUAACUGGAGGUGCUGGCUAUAUUGGCUCCCAUGCUACAUUACGCCUGCUAAAAGACUCUUAUCGUGUAACCAUAGUGGACAAUCUCUCUCGUGGAAACAUAGGAGCUGUGAAAGUUCUUCAAGACCUGUUCCCACAACCUGGGAGACUCCAAUUCAUUUAUGCUGAUUUGGGAGAUGCAAAAGCUGUAAACAAAAUCUUUUCUGAAAAUGCUUUUGAUGCAGUAAUACAUUUUGCAGCAGUUGCAUAUGUGGGUGAGAGUACCCUUGAUCCAUUAAAGUAUUAUCACAACAUUACAUCAAAUACCCUUGUGGUAUUGGAGGCUAUGUCAAUACAUAAUGUUAACACUCUUAUAUAUUCUAGCACAUGUGCUACAUAUGGGGAACCUGAAAAGAUGCCAAUUACAGAAGAAACCCCGCAAAAUCCUAUUAAUCCAUAUGGGAAAGCCAAAAAGAUGUCUGAAGAUAUCAUUCAAGAUUUUCAUCAAAACUCAGACAUGGCAGUUAUGAUUUUAAGAUACUUCAAUGUGAUUGGGUCAGAUCCAGAAGGAAGAUUAGGAGAAGCACCAAGACCAGAGUUACGUGAACAUGGAAGAAUAUCGGGUGCAUGUUUUGAUGCAGCUCGUGGUAUUACCAAUGGGCUCAAGGUGCGAGGAACAGACUAUAAAACCCCAGAUGGAACCUGCAUACGUGACUACAUUGAUGUUACUGAUUUAGUUGAUGCUCAUGUAAAAGCACUUGAGAAUGCAAAACCUGGCCAUCUUGGGAUUUACAAUGUUGGCACAGGAAAAGGUAGAUCAGUUAAGGAGUUUGUGGAAGCAUGUAAGAAGGCAACAGGGGCAUCAAUUAAAGUUGACUACCUGCCACGUAGGCCUGGUGACUAUGCUGAGGUGUACAGUGACCCAUCAAAGAUACUUCGGGAACUCAACUGGUCAGCUCGGCACACUGAUUUAGAAAAAAGUUUGGAGGUUGCAUGGAAAUGGCAGAAGUCACAUCAUAAUGGAUAUGGGUCCAUAAAGACUAUAUUUUAAUAUGUGGUUAAAGAUUUGAAGAUUUUGACCUGGUUUCAUGAUUAGGUUUAUUAUGAAAAUUUGGGGUUGAGGUUUAGGGUAAUUUAUAUAUAAUUUUUUCCACACAUUUGAAUAUCAUCAUAUCAUUAUUUCUUACAUUGGGACUGGUUACUGAUG